AGAGAGAGAGAGAGAGAAGAGAGGAGAGGAGAGGAGAGCUCUGGUGAAAAGAGACGCUUUCCUGAGCUACUUGGGAGAACCAACGCCAGGCUUGACACUGAGUGAUGACCGUGGCGCAGAGAGACUCGGCAGACCGGGAAUAAAAACACGGAAUAAAACACACACAGAAAGAGAGAAAGAGAGAGAGGAGGAAGAAGAAGAGGAGGAGGAGGGUGCACAGUUUGUGGAUACCUGCGCGUCUCCGUGGUUCCGGCCGCAGGUGCGCUACAGUCCCUCUGAGGGGACUUAUUGUUUUGGUCCAGAGAAGAAAAGAACACAUCUUCCUGGGAUUUAUUUCUCCUAUGUAACCUGCUUUCCAGCCCUGAAAGCAAACUUUCAACAUCUCAAUCCGGAGCUUUUGUCAGAUCGUGGACUGCUCACUCAGACUGCUUUCUGAACGCGGAUUACACUGAAGAGCAUCUCCAUCCUCCAUCUCAAACCAGAAGAGGAGAAUUCGCUCCAAAAACUCCAAACUCUUGUGUGUGACGCGGAGCCUUUUUUCCAUCCCCAUCUUUGCGUGUUUUUAUGUGCUGAUGAAGAGGACAAUGUCUGGAUUAUUACAGCUCAACCUGCCCAGGGGAAAAGGGGAAGAGUGAGAGGAGGAGGAGGAUAAAGAGGUGAAGAGAAGAAGAAGAAGAAGAAGAAGGAGGGAAGUCGGUUGCGUUUGGCUGCUGUCCACUAGUUCGUUAGUGCGCUCUCCCACCUCUUUUUUUAAUUAUUUUUUACUGGAUACACGGACACGCAUCAAGAGACGGCACUGGGAGGACCUGCGUGCAAACCCUGCAGGGCCAGUGGGAGGUGACUGUCAGAAGAAAUGCCGGUCCUAGGUGCCCUAGUACAUCACCACCUGGACCAUGGCGACUCCUUGGCCGAUGAGAAAAGAGAGGCGCUCCCAUGGCUCCGCCUGCCUUGCUAGAUGGUCGGCGUCCUCCUUGAUGCUCCUAUGGUUGCCGUGGGUGUUGCUAUGGCUGCCGUGGCCCGGCCGAGCUGAACAAGUGGGUGGCGGGGCGCAAGGCGGGAAGUCGCUCCACGGUUCCCUGUCGUCGCCCUCGUCCUCGUCAUCUUCCUCGUCCUCCUCCUCGUCCUCGCCCCAGUCCAGCUCUUCGGCUUGGGGCUUCAACACGAGGCAGAGCGGGGGGCAGCUGGACUGGCUGCUGUCAGAGAAGGGACCUUUCCACAGAUGUCCGGAGUACACGGAGUUCAGAGAGAGGUUCCAGCAGGGAUUUUCUACCAGAUACAAGAUUUACAGGGAGUUCAGCCACUGGAAGGUGAACAGCCUGGCAACAGAGAAGAGAGAUUUCCUCAAAGCUCCAUUGCCCUUAGCGCCAGAGUUCCUACGCAACCUGCGGUUACUGGGGCGACGGCCAACCCUGCAGCAAAUCAACGAGAACCUCAUCAAGAAGUACGGGACCCACUUCCUAGUCACUGCUACCCUGGGAGGAGAGGAGUCUUUGACCAUUUUCCUGGACAAGCAGAAGCUGAAUAAGAAGUCGGAGGGAAACAGCAACAGCUCAGUGGUGUCUCUGGAGCUGCUCCAUCAGCUGGCCGCUUCCUACUUCACGGAUCGAGAAAGCACCCUGAGGCGACUGCACCACCUCCAGAUUGCCACCUCUGCCAUCAAGGUAACCGAAACAAGGACAGGCCCUCUCGGCUGCAGUAACUACGACAGCUUGGAUUCAGUUAGCUCGGUGUUGGUGCACAGCCCGGAAAAUAAGAUCCACCUAAAGGGCUUGCAAGAUGUCCUGCCAGAGUUCCUGCGUGGGCGCUUCGUGGAGGCAGCCCUCAGCUACGUGGCGUGCAACUCGGAGGGCGAGUUGCUCUGCCGUAACAACGACUGCUGGUGCCGGUGCUCUCCACGCUUCCCUGAGUGCAACUGUCCCUUUGCUGACAUCAAGGUCAUGGAAGAGAACCUGGAGAAGAGCAAGGACUCCUGGGGCAACUUCAACCAGGAGUUCAUGGAAUCAGAUGAAUUCAAAGCCCUCCUGAAGCGCCUGCCCACUGACCGGUUCUUGAAUGUGUCCAUGAUUGCCAAGUUCUGGUCUGCUGACUUGAACCUCCAGAAGCGUUACGCACAGCUGGAGUCCAGCACUGCCCUGGUCCUGGGCAAAGCCCAGAAGGUCGUCAGGAAACUGUUCACCCUGAGCAAACGGUGCCCCAAACAUCCUCGCAUCAGUCUGCCCAGAGAGAGGCCUGUUGGGUUUUGGUUGAGCAGGGCUCAGUCUCUGCUCUACUGCAAUGAGCACGGAGUGCAGGGUUCCUUCUCCGAGGAGGUGAAGAGCUGUAGCUGCCCCGCGGAGCAGCCAACCUGCCAGGGAGUCGUCCCCUGCGUUGUGGGCACCUCCUCCACCUCCUGUUCCUCCUGUGCGACCGACAACGCGACCCGCUGCGGAGCCUGUCACCACGGCAACCUCCUCCAUCUUGGUUCCUGCCGGCCGAGCAUCGCUGCCUCCCUGGACCACUAUCUGAACUUCGACCUGGACAUGCCUGAUGCUGAGGUGAAGUACCUGCUUCAGCGACUGGACAGCAGAAUCGAGGUCCACGCCAUUUACAUCAGCAACGACGUCCGCCUGGGAAGUUGGUUCAACCCCGCCUGGAGGAAGAGAAUGUUGCUGACACUCAAGAGUAACAAAAACAAGUCCAAUCUCAUCCACAUGCUGAUGGGCAUUUCUUUCCAGAUAUGCUUGACUAAGAAUUCGACACUGGAGCCCGUGCCUGCCAUUUAUGUCAAUCCUUUCGGGGGAAGUCACUCAGAGAGCUGGUUCAUGCCCGUGAACCAGCCUGAGUUCCCCGACUGGGAGAGAACUCGACUGGACGCCGUCGUCACGGCGCAGUGUUACAACUGGACACUGUCUCUGGGCAACAAAUGGAAGUCCUUCUUUGAGACGGUGCACAUCUACCUGCGAAGCCGCAUACUCACAGAUGAUCCAACAGUGAAUGAGACUCUCUUCUACGAACCGUUGGACCUGGACGACCAGACGUCCAACCUGGGGUACAUGAAGAUCAACACGCUGAAAGUGUUUGGAUACAGCAUGCACUUUGACCCCGAGGGCAUCAAGGAUCUGAUCCUCCAGCUGGACUACCCUUACACGCAGGGCACGCAGGACGCUGCCUUUCUGAUGCUGUUGGAGAUGAGGGACCGGAUUAACCGGCUGUCUCCGCCGGCACCGCAGCCGCUGGACCUGUUUUCUUGCCUGUUGCGCCACCGGCUCAAGCUGUCUGCCGGAGAGGUGGUGCGCAUCAAGGACUCGCUGCAGAUGUUCAACUCCAAGCUUCCCAAUGCUUCUCCUGAACCGGAGCUGGCCCAGCUGUGCAGCUAGCUAGCUUAGCACACAAGUCAGGUACAAGAAAGUGGAGUUGCUGCGAGACUGAGCAGGGGAGGUCCUACCGAGUUAGCCUCUCGGACCCAAAUCCUCUGGAUUAACAGAACUCUAAAGGUGGACUGCUGGGCUUUUCUUGUGGCCACUCUUGGCUGGUUUUCUGGCGUCACAUUUUUAUCAGAAAUUGCUACCAGAGUCCUUUGUUGAACAGUGGAGUCGUGUUAUGGACUUUUGAGAGAACAGCUGAUACUUGGACUGUCUUUCAGAGGCUCUACUGUACCAGCCCGGAGGCUUACUUUUGCUAUUACUGCCCUGCUUUUGGCAAACUGUGCGACUGGAUGGAGUUAAGAGAGACUCCCUUACACCGUGAUCUGGAAACUCAGAGAGCCGAUGUCAUUAAGUAUACCUAAGACAUCUGCCUUGCAAAGAUAAAGGCGGUUUUGAUAUGUAAAGAGGAACUCUUAAGGGGUCUUCAGAAACGAGCAAAUGGAAGAGAAGAUUUCCCCUUUUCUAACCCUAUUUUCUUUGGCUACAGAACAAUCUCGUGGGAGGGGAAAAUGGGAUAAUAUUAUAUAUGUGGUGAAUGAGUUGUUAUGUUAUGCUUAACAGUUUAAAAUUUGAUAAUCCCGAACCCUGUUACUGUCUUUGAAUAUUUCUUUUUAAUCCCUGCCUUCCAUUUUAUCUGGCAUCUGAAAACUUGUAAGUACAGUAUCUAUGCUUAACAUCUGAGUGAGAAGCCUGUUAGUGAUGUUCUGUCCUUGGUGGUGUGUCUAAUACCAAAAGAACGUGAGCACAUUGGCAAACUGAACGGCGAAAUAUGACAAUAUUAAAACGUUGAGUUAUUUUUUGGAGCUGAAAAAUCAUCGAGAACUCUUUCUGACGGUGGUAACGAAAAAGGUCUGAGGAUACAGCGCUGUAAAUAACGCUCCAUCUAACCCCAGGUGUGGACAAGUGCACAUUGCUUUUUAGAUAACUGAGUGCAAAGACCAAAAAAAUGUUUAUAACAGAACAAACUCAUGCCUUAUAUGGAGAGUCAAUGUUAAGAUAAGAAGCACAUUUAGUUUCUGUGUUUGAUUUCCCAGCGAAGGCUGUAUUGCUUUUUAUAUUUCAAUAUUUCUACCAAGACAGAACAACAGACACAUUCUCCAGAAUACGUGGUGAUGUAGUUUCCCAUGUAAAUGCCAGUCACACUUUCUGCAGUUACUUGUUUUUGAUUUGGUGUUGUGAAACUUUGAGUCACUAUUCACGUUGCACACCAGUAUACAUGCAUACUGUAAUUGUUCUGCAAAAUCCUUCUAUCUCCAAUGAGACAAACUCUCAGUAUCUGAUUGAACCUGGUGGAUGUUAUUAUGAUUUAAAAAAAAAAAAGGUUUUUGGUUUAGUCUCAGGUCAAUGAAACAGUUUUUUUUUUUCCUUAUACGUGGGUCCAAUGUCAGCUGCCAGUUACCGACUGGAGUUACAAGGUUUCUGCAGGGCAGUGAUGGUAAUCUCGAGAGCUGCAAACUUACCAGGAUGAUACUUGAUAUGAUUCUUCAUUUACUUCACUAAUUUCUCACUGAAAGUCAGUAAACCUUGUAUGUCAUUUUCAGCAGUUCUUCUGUGCUCAGCUUGCUUAAGUAAAAACAAAGUGGUUUAUCUA